AUGGUGGACCCUUUAGCACUGUUGAGUUGUUUUCCUCCUGCUUGUCCCUACAUCGCGGCUGUUACUACUUCUCAUCGAACAACAAAUGAAGCAGAGCCAGAGUUUGCAGAAGCCAUUCCAAACAUCACCAUACCCGUAGGGCGAGACAUCCAACUACCCUGUAUUGUUGACAAUCUUGGCUCUUAUAGGGCUGCUUGGAUUAAAGUGGAGACUAAAGCGAUUCUCACCAUACACCAUCACAUCAUCACUCGAAAUUAUCGAAUCUCUCUGAGCCACAGCGACAACCGCAACUUCGUCCUCCAUAUUAGAAACGUCCAAAAAAGUGAUAGAGGGGGCUAUAUGUGCCAAAUAAACACCGUGCCCAUGAAAAGUCAAAUUGGAUUUGUCGACGUUCUAGUUCCGCCGGAUAUCAUCAUGAACGAGAGCAGCACAGACAUCACUGCAAGAGAAGGGACUAACGUGUCUCUGAUAUGCAAAGCAAAAGGAUAUCCAACUCCUAGCAUAUCAUGGAGGAGGGAAGACAAUCAACCCAUUCCUCUUGGAACGUGGCACGGAAAAAAACUGCUCGCAACAAGCUUUGACGGUAACCAGCUGAACAUCACCCGAGUGAGCAGGCUGCAUAUGGGUGCUUACUUAUGCAUUGCUUCAAAUGGUGUUCCACCAUCAGUAAGCAGAAGAAUAUUGCUCCAUGUGAAUUUCCCCCCUGUGAUGUGGAUACCGAACCAAUUAGUGGGCGCACCGCUAUCCAAGGAUGUGACGCUCGACUGCCACACCGAGGCGUACCCUGCGUCCAUAAAUUACUGGGCCAAAGACGCAGGAGACAUGAUUAUAAAUGACGCCAAAUACGAGACCUCCAGCAAGGAGAAGAAUUACAAAGUACACAUGAAGCUCGCCAUCAAGAACUUGGAGGAGAGUGAUUUUGGGACGUACAAGUGCUUCGCCGAGAAUUCUUUGGGUUCCACGGAAGGUUCCAUCAGGCUUUACGAAAUCCCUCCUCCUACAAGUGAACCAACGAAAGAAACUGCAGCUAUUAGAAGACAAAGUGUAGAAGAAUAUGAGGUCUUCCCCAGACAUGAAAGCUUGGGUUCCGCAAAAAAUUCUGAUAAAGAAAUUGAGGAUAAUGAAGAUGAGCUAAACAUAAACCCUGCCACAGGUGACGCUUUAGCUAUUAAUCUUUCAAUUAUUUUAACUAAAAGAAAAGAUACCAAAAUUUAG